AUGAUUUCCCCCUCUAGAAAGGAAUUUGAAGUUGCCAUCAUCGGCGGCGGAAUAGCUGGAGUUACUCUCGCUAUCUCACUCAGCAAACGCAAUGUUCCCUGCACCAUAUACGAAAAAGCCGGCGCUUUCACCGAGAUCGGUGCGGGGUUGGGAAUAACUCCCAACGCGACCCGUGCUAUGAAGGCCUGCGACCUUUCCGUCUACCAGGCCUUUGAUAGAGUCGCACAGCCAUCCAUUCGUUGGGACUUUCUGGACGGCUCAAGCCCCGAAACCGAUGAUGUGGUCCAGUUCAGCCUUGGAGACAAUGAGUUUGGCAUUCGAGGUUGCCACAGAGCUCACUUUCUCGAAGGGAUGGUAGAGUCUCUCCCGGCUGGUAUCACACGAUUCAAUAAGGAACUUGCUCGCGUCGAGGAACCACACGGACCUUCCGGCAAACUGCACAUGGCUUUCAGCGAUGGCUCAACCGCAGAGGCAGAUGCAAUUGUCGGAUGUGAUGGGAUCAAGUCACGAACUCGCGAAGUCAUAGUCGGAUAUGGCCAUCCAUCUACUAAAUGCAGCUUCACGAACAAGUAUUGCUACCGUGGUCUUAUUCCAAUCAAUAAGGGAAUCGAAAUCCUGGGUCAAGACAGGGCCAUGGGCUCUAAUCUUUGGUUUGCAGAGAAGGUGCACAUAGUGACAUAUCCCGUUGCAAAAGGCACCAUUCUCAACGCAGUCAUGCACUGCACAAGCAAGUUCGAUUGGCCAAGCGAUAGGCAAUUCGUACUUCCUGCCCAGCAAGACGAUGCUUAUGCUGAUUCCGAAGGCCUCAGCCCUAGACUCCGGCAGGUGGUAAAGAACAUGAGAACUGUUGAUAGGUGGGGUCUCUUUGAUCUCGGCGAACAUCCUAUGCCGGCUUUUGCCAAGGGUCGGAUCUGUGUCAUAGGCGACGCCGCACAUGCGUCCACGCCUCAUCAAGGCGCCGGCGCUGGUUUUUGUAUAGAAGAUGCCGCUGUUCUUGCGUCACUGGUUGCAGACAAUCGGGUGAAAGACAGAGAUGACAUCAAGGCAGCAUUUGCUGCAUUCGAUGCUUGCCGUCGACAAAGAGGUCACCGGCUUGUUGAGGGUAGUCGGCGUGCGGGAGAGCUGUAUGAAGGUCGGACCGAAGUUGGCAACGAUCUUAAGGAGAUAGAGCGCGAGAUUAGAAUGAAGUCGAGGGAGGUGUGGGAGUUUGAUAUUAACAAGAAUAUUGAUGACGGUCUGGCGGAGCUGGGAAGACGUCUCGCAGUCGACAAUGAGGCUGUUGAUUAUCGGCAAGAUCUCGCCACCGGAAAGAUGCCUGCCGACUUCGAUAAACAAAGCUACUGGGGCGAACGCUUCGCCUCCGAAACCAACUUUGAGUGGUUGACCCCAUCUGCGACCUUCAUGUCGAUCGCGGACCCAUACCUCGCCAACCUCGAUGAUUCGGCGCCUAUCCUGCAGCUAGGCUUCGGAACGAGCGACCUGCAGAACCAUUUCCGGCACCGCGGGUUCGACAACGUGACCAACGUCGACUUCGAGCCUCUCGCGAUCGACCGCGGGCGUAUGCUGGAGAAGCAGGUAUUUGGGGACGUGAAGAUGCGUUACCUCGUCGCUGAUGUCACCCAACUGCACUUGCCUGACAAGUUUGAUCUGAUUGUCGAUAAAAGCACCGUCGAUGCCGUGUCUUGUGGCGGCGUGGAGCCGUUCCUGAGAAUGGCGGAGGGUGUAAGGAAACAUCUGUCGGACGACGGCUUUUGGAUCUCGUUGAGCUACUCCUUCUGCCGGUUUGACGUCGAAGAUCUCCCCUUUGAUGUUGAGGUUAUCGGCAAGAUUCCUACACCGAAACUGAAGCCUCACGAUCCUGACGUCUAUCAUUGGUGUUAUCUCUUGAGACCCAAGGGAUUUCAAUGA